CCAGAACACAAACUUAUAGAACCACCAACCAGCUGGCAGGAUGAGGACAGUUUCUGGCUCUCAUGGACCAAGACCCUCUCUCAGUGUUUAAGGACUCUCAAUUGCAAACUGAGAUCAUCUAAAGCACAAAAAGUGGAGAGUAGGAUAGCAUCAAAAAAGGCAGAGCUUGCAGGUACCACUGAUGGGGCUCUGGAUGUGUUACCUUUGCUCUAAUGUUCUUGGUUUAUUGAUACUGCUUCAGUUUUUGACCCUUAGCUGGAGUCCUUUCUUAGAAGCAACAGUUUUUCCUUCUUCUGUGCCCCAUGUCAAACCCAGCUACAGUUUUGGACGGACUUUCCUGGGACUCGAUAAAUGUAAUGCCUGCAUCGGAACAUCGAUUUGCAAGAAAUUCUUUAAAGAAGAAAUAAGGUUUGACAACUGGCUCGCUUCUCAUUUAAAACUGCCUCCCGACUACUUUCCCAGUUACUCCGGGAACUACACAGACGAUGCCAAAAGCUGGAGGCUGGUUGAGAUCUCCAGGUUAACCACCAAAUACCAGCAUGACCAAGCUGACAAGAGAAUCUGUGUUUCCCUUUCCAAGACAAAGAGCUGCAGCAUCGAGCAUGUCUUGAGGAAGACAGAGAGAUUCCAAAAGUGGCUGAAAGCAAAGCGCCUCACACCAGACCUCGUGCAGGGGCUACCUAGUCCAAUGCUGCGCUGUCCCUCCCAGCGGCUCUUAGACAGAAUAGUACGCCGCUAUGCUGAGGUGCCAGAUGCUGGCAGUAUCUACAUGGGUCACCUCACAGACCGGGACAAACUACGCCUCCUCUACACGCUGUCAGUGAAUGCACAUCCCAUCCUGUUACAGAUUUUCCCAGAAGCGGAGGGAUGGCCAUUUCCAAAGUAUUUGGGGUCCUGUGGCCGACUCAUUGUCACUGCCAGCACCAGGCCUUUAAAGGAGUUCUACAGCUCUCCUCCUGAGGUGGCAGCAGAUCUGGCUCUCCAGCUCCUCUCUAUUGUCAAUUCCAUGAGGAAUAAUGACAUGAACUAUUUCUUUUAUUUCGUCCAUGUUGAUGCUGGCACAUUUGGCAUUUUUAACAAUGGGCUUCUGUUCAUCCGGGAUGCCAGCACACUGGGAAUCAUUGACAAGCAGGAAGGUCUCCAGAUGACUGAUGGGCAACAGGAAUAUAAAGACAUAUUUAGCUGUUUGGCUUCGGACUGCCAAUCUGCAUUUCCCAACUGUAAUUCAGUCAGAGAGAAGCAGAGCCUCGUCAUGGUGUGUCAAGAGCUUCUGCCUAAGCUCCUAAAGGGAAAAUUCCUCCAACCUGUUCAGGAGAAAAUAGACAGGUUCCUAAGGCUCUGUGCAGACAGCUUCAGAGCAGACCAGGAAGUCAGUGAUGCCGCUGGAAAGUUGAUAGAGCUCUUGAAAUCUUUGCAAUCUUGCGAUUCCCAUUUUGCCUACCGCUACCCUGACUGCAAAUACAGUGACAAAUACUAACAGCUGAGAGAAACUUUUUCCGGAAAGACUGGAGUGCUGUGUACACAGCUCAGCUCUCACAGAAAGCGAAGAGGUUUCAGGAUGGAGAUGAAAGGAGGAUUCAUAGAAGCCCUGGCUUUCUAGCAGGUUAACAGAGAGAGGCAGCAUAACACACCCAGUAUUUCCAUCUGACUCAAACACACUUAUCACAUUGGUAUUGGUAUUGGUAUGAUGUGAAGUCUUCACUUAAGUGUUAUCACAUUUCGUGAAUGACCUGAGUUAAGAGAUGAAUAAAACUUAUUAAUGCAUUUUGGUCUUAGAGGAAUUUUCCAUGGUAACCAUAAAGAAAAAUUAAAUACUAAGCCAUCUUGGUCACUACUAGGUGGAGUAGCAUACUGGCAGAUAAACAGAUCCUGCUGAUAGAGACUAUACAAAUAAUAUGAGAUGAAUGGAAACAUUUAAGACUGUCCUUGUGGGGCUAUAUUAAUGCCAUAAAAAUUAUCUUCUCUGAAUUGAACUAUCUGAUUGGUUUGCUACCAUUAUGUUACUAUUAUGAUUGCCAAUUAAUUUGAUGUUAUCUGGGAUGGAAAGAGGAAAUAGAUAGCAUUAAAGAGCUGAAAGCUCCCAUU